AUGAGUACCGAAACUCCAAGAAGCCGACAUAAUUUGCGGAGAACUGCUGCUCGAGUUGCGAGUAGUUCGCCCGGAUCGUUAACUAAAUUUUUUGGAGUUCGAAAACGAUUGUCGGAGGCUUCGACUCCAUUCAUUAAAAGGAAACGUUCAGUCGUGUCAGAUGGAGCUGCAGUUCCUUCACCGAUAUCAACAAAUGUAACCCCAAUUCGAAUUAUUCACGAGAAUAAUGCAGAGAAUUCUCCGCGUCCACGCUUUGUGAACAAAAAAUCAAAAACGGAAUUUGGUGUGUUUGACGAUCUUCCUGUUGUCGUUGUUCGUGAUAUAUUACAUAAUUUGCCUUAUGCUCAAUUGGGUUCGUUGAGCUGCACAUCCGUUCAAUGGAAAAAAGUUGUACAAAAUUAUUUCCAAUCGAAGGCGUUCGAUUCCCGAUUAAUGAACGACAUCUACCGCUUCAUGAAAAUUUCGAAUCCCUCCAAAUAUACAUCUGAAGACCCAUUUUAUUCUCUUGGGGUUGCUCUUAGACGACUUGGCGCAACCGAGUCGAAAUUUAGUCAAAAGUUGCGUCCGCUUGAAAAUUUCUUAAAGAGAAUAUUGGCCGAAACGAAUUCCUACGAUGGUUGUGGGCGUGCGAUUCAUGCGUUUGCGGAAAACCAUGAUGAGCUGUCGCCGGAAGAUUUUGAGUCGAUGGUAAAAAUGGGCUUCAGUCUAAACAACGAUUUGGAAAAUGACUUGAAAAAUAUUGUUUUCAAGAAGGAUGAAGAACAUCGAAAUCUUGAUCAUCGAAUUACUGCGAAAAGUAUGAAAAUACUCGAGGAAGAGUUCAAAGUUCGACAAAUGAUACGCGAUUUGUUCUUAAACAAUCGUUUUUCGGAUCCGGAUAUCGACACGAAUCGUCAUUUUCUAACUUGUUUGAUAGCCUCCUACAAAUCUUCUGGAACUGAUGCUCAAUCUCGUUUUUUGUAUCUUUUGUAUGCUCCAACUAGAGAAAUCCGCGGAAUUGAAGUGAUCAAUUGGCAUGCAUUUGCGGACCUUGUUAUUCAUACGGAAGAUGAAGCCACUUCGAAUCUCCGCCCAUUGGCUUCUGCUCUAAAAGCUCUUGUAGUGAGCAAAAAGACGGGAAACAAGUUCUCAUGGUCCAAAAAUUCUGUUUUUAAUUUGAUGGAGGAAGUCACAACUUAUCCUGCUCCGUGGUCUAUGAACACUUUUGUUUCGUUCCUUUUGAUGCAGCCUUGCCUAAUUCCUAUAUCGAUUGUUGCUAGGAUGUUGCGUUCGCACGAAGAAGAAGCAGGAGAUAUGAUUUCUACCAUGAAAUUGCUUCUUUUCCGCUGGAAUAUCAAAUGCGAGCAAUUACUGACUCCAGUGUUUGAUUCGAUACGAGUUUCGCUUUCUGAGGAGAAGCGCAAGGUAUUGUAUGAUAACAUCUGGAAUUGGCAUCGAAGGAAUAGCGAAGAGUUGCGGGGCCGUUUGGAUUCUUUUGCCGACCAUCGUGCAGAAUUACAAAGCCAAAUAGAUAUAAUGCCACUGUUAGAGAAAUUAGUUUCCCCAUAA